GAGCAAUCAAUCUUUGAAUGCAUGAUUGAAGGAUACAAAUUAAAAUUGCCGCAGUUCUCUUUGGUGAAGUUUCACGGUUAACAAACGUAUUUUGCAGAUUUUUUUUUUUUUUUUUUUGACUUUGUUAAAUGUUAAGGGAUUUGUUGCUAUUGAAUUCCCAUAUGUUUUAGCUUGAUUUCUCUAAUAAUUUCCUUAUCUUUGCUAUUUUCUAAUUCUUACUCCCUUUUAGUUUGGAAUGCUCUAGUAUAGAUAAAGUAAUUUCAGUAUUGUUGUUUGGCCAUCCUUGGUGGAUCAUUGCAGUAUGAUGUAGGCAACAAUUCCAGGGGAAAGGGACCAGCCCCUAGUCAUGAGGGUACCCCUAGAAGUUGUAGUUGCUGCUCAUUAUAUUUGGCUUAUUGUUCUUGACCACUUUCUGCUGGCAUUUUCGGACAUUUUUAAUAGGCUCAUUCUUUCCUUGGUCUCCAAUCCUUUUUGGUUUUAUUUGGAGGUUUGUGCAUCUCCUUGUGAUGCCGGACGCGCAGCGUGCUUAAACCCACAAGGGGAGACAAAAUAAAUGAAAACCCUAGUUCUUUAUUCAAUCUUUAAUUGCAAUAUCAGAAGUACCUAAUGAAGACAAUAAGCCCAAUAUUUUUAGGCUAACACAAUGUUUCCAAAAUAGAUAUAAAAAAACAGAUUACUGAAUAACGUAAUUUAAACAGAAUAAAUAGUCUUUUGCAACAUUCGUCUUUUUUCUUGUAACGUAUUCUUUGUCGUGUAAUUUGGUUUCAUUCGUUUAUUGACCAAGUUAAUCACUGUUGUAGCAGUAAACCCCAACUAGUACAACAUCAUCUUCGUAUCAUCUAUUUGACAAGAUUCUAGUUAUUUUUACUUUUUACCUGUAUGCACGCAAAAAAUCAGUUUCUUGCUUAUAUAUUGAUUAAAGUUACUGUAUGCCUCUUGGUUCUUCAGCCCUUGUAAAAUUAUUGGUUUACUGGACAUAUAGGGCCAUAGGCUCUGUGAUUUCUUUUCUUUGUCCCUUCUCUUAGCCCUUUCUUUUGCUGUCCAGAGAAAUUAUGUUGGCCUCCUUUCCGUUUCUCAUUGUUGAUCCCUCAAAAUGUUACAGGCAAGUUUCAUCCUCUUGGAAAUUGAAAGUAAGGCCAGACAAAAUUGUGAACCCUUUGGCUUAACGGUCCCAGUUCACAAUGCAUUGUCGGAUGCGGAUUUACUUUCAGCACCCACAAGAACUGCAAAGUUCUUAAGAGAAUUAUUUAAAGAGUAAAAUGGUGAGGAAUAAUCGGAGAUAGAAACCAAGGCGUUCACUUCUAGGUUUUAGGCAUUCCCAGUAGAAAAAUGUGAUUUACCAGUGACAUCUGCAUUUGAGCUUCAAGUUGGAAAUUUGUAUUUUCAUUAGCUGCCAACGUCCUGUGUUGCUUGGACAAUGGUGACAUUCGUAUUUGUAAUUUGCACCUGCACUUGUUAGCAACUAAAUUCUUUUGAUUGUCAAUUUUACAGUCCCUUCUCUAAGUCCAUCUAAUUAGCUGUAACAUGCUGUUUUUGAUACAUAUGUUAUGCUCAUGGCAUUGUAUUGUCAUAUUUCUGGGUCUUUCAUCAAGCAUCAGCUUGUAACUUAUCUCACACUUGGUAUUGCCCUACGAGGUGUUUUGGGUACAUUGCGUAAACCUCCAGAUUCCAAAAUGUUCGUUUUUGGGACAAAGGCUCUGGAACAGUUUGUGGACCGUUUGAUUGAGUGGCCCUCGAACUACAUUCACAUCUUACAAAUGUCUCAUCUGCGUAGUUCUCAUUCUGAGCUUGUUGCAUUCAUUGAGCGGGCACCUGAAAGGAUUUCAUCGGGCCAUUCAGAAUCAGAUGGAGGACAUAAUGCUUCAAUGGAUCUGCAACAUGGUUCUAUCCAAGCUAAUGCACCAAAUAUGGAGGUUUACAAUUGUUUUUGGUUCUCGACUCCACUCUUGCAUAUAAAAUCGCUGCCAAACAUUUCGUUAAUGAAAAGUUUCAUGAUAUGGUGGCAUAAAAUCGCUGUAUAUUGUCUGAUUUUUAUGCCUAAAGCAUUGUCUUUAGAAGUUCCUGCGUCUGAUAUUUCUGUCGAGGUCAAGCAAUUGUUAGAUUUGACAUUUAAGGUUUUGCAGUUGUCAAACCGUGGAGACGUGAUUGAUAAAGUUAUGAGUAUGAUUGUCUCAGCGGCAUCUUCUUGUGCAACUCAUAGCUGUUAUUGUCCAGCUAUCAGUCAGAAACAAUCUUUGGUGGGGAAAUCUAGAAAUUAUGGACAGUCGGAUUUUUAUUAUACUGAGGCUAGAAAUGAGCUUUUUGAUAUGUACAACAGCCUUCAUCAUGAAUCAGGGAAACUUUCUCUGAAUCUGUGGGAGACAGCAUGCUUUUUGAAUAUGAGGCUGAUAGGGCUUCUGGAAUUUUUGGGCAUCCUCAGCUUUCAAAGAAUAAGAGUGUCGUUCAGUGGUUGAGUGCUGCUCUUUUGUUGUGCUCUGGCAGCGAGAGCUGCUUCCACUUCGUUAAUAGUAGGGGCAUGGAGCAGCUUAGAUAUAUUAUUAUCCAUGAUGUGCAGAAUUCUCAUGCCAUUACGUUGAUGGUACUUGGAGUUGUGGAGCAGGCUACUAGGCACUCAAUUGGUUGUGAAGGAUUCCUUGGGUGGUGGCCUCGUGAAGAUGAAAGCAUUCCUUCGGGGACCAGUGUAGAUUAUAAUGAGUUGUUCAAGCUGCUAUUGCAGAAACAGCCCCAUGAUGUUGCUUCUCUUGCAACUCAUAUACUUCAUCGCUUGCGUUUUUUGGAGGUUGCUUCCAGAUGUGAGGUACAUGCUUGGCCUUGACAGUGCACUUUUUUUUUUUUUCUGGUCCUCCCCCUUGGGGGGGAGCGGGGACGGGCUAUUAGGUGUAUGAAAUUUGCAUCUCUUUACAGUGCCAUAGUUGUCUUGUUUUGGCAGUCUUCACAGUAUUAUCUGCACUUGCAAGUCUUCCAACAUCUGGAAGGGUUACUAAUGCCACUGUAGACAAGCUUACCAGUGCUAGGUUCCAGCUCAAAACCCUCAUGGAUAGUUGAAACCCUUUUGUUCUGUCUUUUUUAAUGCUUAAGGCAGCGUAUAACUCUCUUGUGGAUGUUAUUGCAAAUGAUCAUAUCAUUCUCCAAUUGUUGUUUCUUAGUUGAUUUUAGUCGAGAAGUAUUGCUGCAGAAAAUGAUAAUUUCACGUGCUCCACUUGAAGAUCCUUCCCCACUAGCCUGCACUUGCAGAUUGUUGCUUCUUGGUGAAACAGAAGGAGUGUUGUCAUACAAAUCAACUUGUAGCUUUAUUACUUCAUCAAAUUGUUGGUUUUCUAAUUGGAAUAUCGACUCACACUUGUUAUUCCUUCUGAAGGUGUGUUUUUGCCUAGAAAGUUGCUAUAGGAGUGGUAUUAACUCGUAUUGUACUUCUUUCUCAAGCAAUAAAGUGUAUUAGCUCAUUUUCAAUGCUGAAAGUGGUUACCAUCUCUUUCUGUUGCGUCUAAUGUUAGCUCAUUUGCUAUGCUGACAAUCAUAAAUUCUUUUAUUUCUUUCUUUCCUACUCCCUUUUCCUUUUGUAUCUUAAUUCUCUAUUCUGUAUAUCUUUACUUUGUUCUGAAUUGGUUUUUACAGCUUUGUUUUCUUGAGCUAUUAAAAAUUCUCUCAGAAAUUUGCAUAGAGUUGUUGCAAGGCACGUGUCCUAGGUGAGAAACUUGUUUGUCAUAUGAGAUGAUGAUUGGCAAUAGUUGUUAAAUGCGUGCGCUUAGACCUGAGGCCAAAUGAAGGCUAAAGUUGUGCACCUCACUUGAGCCUCAUUUGACUAGAUGCGCUUCUCUUAAGUAACGCCACCUCGCCUUGCGUUUAGUCCUCAACAGACCAGUAGCGCCUCGGUGCGCCUACCGUCUUUGAUAACUAUGGAUUGGACAUUGUCCUUGUUUAAUAUACCAUUCAGGAUAGAUCUUUCGAUAUGAGAAAGUUGUGUAUGAGAGAGAGAUUUGUCAGGCUUCCAAAAUUGUCUAUCAAUAAAGUCUCUGCUGAAGGGGUUUAUUCUUCGUUGAAGGGUCCUUGUAUGAUAUUUUUGUUUGUUUCCAGAGUUCAAACCAUGUCAUAGAGGGUCUGUGAGAAGGGUGGAGGGAGGUUGAUACCCAAGGGGUCAACUGACCUCACUCAGUCGCUCACAUUGAAUGUUGCCUGAUCGCUCACAUGUGAUUCCGAUGGUUUUGGCUCAGACAUUGAUUGGUUUGGACAAGGAGCCUACCUGUAGGCUUCUCACUCAGCUUUCCUUUUUUGGGUUUUUCUCUCAUUCUCAUUUUACCUCAACACUCGGCUUGGCUUUUUAUAGUUUUGUUAUUAUUUGUUUCCUCUCUUUUGUAGAUUUGGCUUUGUGACAAGGUGAAUGUGCUGACUGCACUAAGCAACUGAACAUACGAGACUAGACUGUUAUCCCGUUGAUGCUUUGAGUUUGCGGACAGGCGCAUCUCUGAAUGGGUUAGUUUCUUCAAGCGUUUGAGGGCUGUGACCAUUUCUUGGAGGUGCCCUUGGCUAGACCUUCCGCCGAUGACGGUGCAUUUCAUGGGGCCUCAGUGGGUCGCUCUUGUUGGUUUGGAGGCCUUUUCCUUCUACAUCCCUUACCUAAUCCAACGCCAGCUCGGUUUGAGGCAAGAGGUGCCUGUGGAGGUUUUGGUGGAUGUUGUCUGGCCUCUCUUUCACCCUUCUGCUCUUUACUACUACCAGGAGUUUGGGGGGACUCGCGAGGUCACUGACACAAGCCCCUAUCCAUCUGUGUUGGCACGUGGAAGCUACCUGAAGUGGCUUAGGACGGACAUUGUUGCAAGGGCAAGGGCUUGAAGGAACUGACUCACCCCUGCUACUUUGAUCAUGGAAUAAAUUGUGGACUCGUUUUACUUUAUUAUGUUGCACUUUUAUUUUCAAGAAGUAUGCUCAGCCUUAUGUAGUAGAAGUAGUAAUUUAUAUAAAAGUGAGUUAUGAAGGGUUUCUCCCUUCUUGAUUC